AUGGUGUUGGCAAAGUCGAAGAAGAAUGAGGGGCUGGGCAAUACGUUGAUGAACGAUCGCUUCGGCAAGGGCAAAGGCUCCGAUAACAGAAAGACGUCGUCUCUUAUGCGAACGAACCACACAACUGGCGAACAGUAUCUCAUCAACGACAAGAAAGAUGCGGCCUGGGUCAAGAUGCGCUCCGUUACGGAGCAAGGCGCUCUCGACGAAUUCUUGGCAACCGCCGAGCUCGCCGGUACCGAUUUCACGGCCGAAAAGGUCAACAAUGUCAAGAUCAUCCACACUGAUCAGAAGAACCCGUAUCUGCUGUCUUCUACUGAAGAGAGAGCUGUUCUUGGAAAGCACCGGGAGCACAGGAACCGACUGACGGUGCCGCGAAGACCUCACUGGGAUGCAAAGACUACUCGAGAACAGCUCGAUAUCCGCGAAAGAGAAGCUCUUGUUCAGUGGCGAAGAGGCUUGGCCGAGCUACAAGAGAACAACGACCUGCUCAUGACACCUUUUGAGCGGAAUAUCGAAGUCUGGAGACAACUGUGGAGAGUCAUUGAAAGAUCAGAUAUCAUCGUACAGAUCGUUGAUGCGCGAAACCCUCUGCUUUUCCGAUCCGAAGAUUUGGAAAACUACGUCAAGGCCGUCGAUGCCAAGAAGGAGAACCUGCUUCUGAUUAACAAGGCUGAUAUGAUGUCCGCGAAGCAGCGCAAGGCUUGGGGUAAAUACCUGAGAGAAGCGGGCAUUGCCUACAAGUUCUUCUCUGCGCAGCUUGCAAAGGAGUUGAACGAGGCGAGAGAGGACGAGGAGUACAGCUCAGACGAGGAGCCAGCUGUCUCCUCAAGGCAGGCUGAGAAGUCCAAGGCUGAGAGCGAAGAUGAAAGUGAAGGAGAUGCCGCAGAAGAACAAGGAGAGAGCUCAGGAAACCAAGCGGACGAGGACGAAGAUACCCAGAUUCUGACAGUUGAGGAGCUUGAAGAAAUUUUCCUAAGAUAUGCUCCAUCUGAUAGAGAUGCGGACAGCAAACUCCAAGUUGGUCUAGUCGGCUACCCCAACGUAGGUAAAUCUUCAACCAUCAACGCCCUGAUUGGAGCCAAGAAGGUCUCCGUCUCUUCAACACCAGGAAAGACGAAACACUUUCAGACCAUCCACCUCAGUGAGCGAGUCGUCCUGUGCGAUUGCCCUGGCCUCGUCUUCCCCAACUUUGCCACCACAAAAGCCGAUCUUGUCACCCAGGGCGUGCUGCCCAUUGACCAGAUGCGCGAGCACACGGGUCCCGUGGGCUUGGUCGCUCAGAGGAUCCCCAAGCCGUUCCUUGAGGCCAUCUACGGUAUCAAGAUUCACACAAGGCCAAUCGAGGAGGGAGGCACUGGUGUUCCGACAGGCGAGGAGCUGCUUCGCGCAUACGCCAUUGCUCGUGGCUUCCAGACGCAGGGUCUUGGUCAGCCAGACGAGGCGCGAGCAUCCAGAUACAUCCUGAAAGACUACGUCAACGGAAAGCUCCUCUUCGUCCACCCUCCCCCUGGCAUUGAGGAUGGAAACGAGUUCAACGAGGAGCUCUAUGACGAGGCGCAUCUGCCCGAACGCCGUCGUGGUGCCUUUAUAGCCGCCACAGAGGCCCUCACCAUAGGAGGCGACGAAGACAGCCUCGCCUCAGAGUUUGUCGGCCUCCCACAGGGCCCCAAAUCGAAGAACUUGGACAAGAACUUCUUCACGCCAAAGAAUGUCCGAGGGCAUGUGAAUAUGCCGUUCAACUACAAAUACUCAGAACAAGGCAGCGUCGCGGGCGGCGCAAAGGGGCUCAGUGGCCGCAAGGCCCGAACGGUAGUUGCCCUGGAGAACGGGUUGGAUCCAAAGGAGGCGCAGGUGGGAUCGAGCAAGAAGCAUUUCAAGGGAGGUCAGCGAGAUGGUAAGCACAGGAAGACAAGGAGAACGGCGCCGAAGAUGGAAGACUAG